AUGGAACAUGGUGUGCGUUGGCCAUGUGGUGCUGGCAGCAGGCAGCAGUGGAGGGGCUGCUGCCCCAAUGGGCUCCAACUCGAGCAUGAGCAGGACCAUGGUGGGAUGGUGGAGCAGACUCUUCACUUUGAUGCAGUUAAGGAGAUCCAUUCAAGUUUUCAGAGUCUGAAUGCUGAUAUUAACAAGCGCGGAGCUCCCUAUGUUCUGAAACUUGCUAAUAGGUUAUACGGAGAGAAAAGCUAUGAGUUCCUCCCGGAGUUCUUAGCUUCAACCCAGAAAAUGUAUGGUGCUGAACUGGCCAGUGUAGAUUUUCAGCGAGCCUCUGAAGGUGCAAGAAAGGUGAUAAACGAGUGGGUCAAAGGGCAGACUGAAGGGAAAAUUCCAGAAUUGUUGGCUGCAGGCGUGGUUGAUAAUAUGACCAAACUUGUGCUAGUUAAUGCCAUCUAUUUCAAAGGAAACUGGCAGGAGAAAUUCAGUAAAGAGGCCACAACCGAUAAACCUUUCAGAUUGAAUAAGAAAGACACAAAAACAGUGAAAAUGAUGUAUCAGAAGAGCACAUUUCCAUUUGGCUACAUCGAGGACCUUAAGUGCCGGGUGCUGGAGCUGCCUUACCAAGGCAGGGACCUCAGCAUGGUCAUCCUGCUGCCAGAUGACAUCGAGGACGAGGCCACAGGUCUGAAGAAGAUAGAAGAACAAUUGACCCUGGAAAAACUGCAUGAGUGGACCAAACCUGAGAAUCUGAGUUCCAUUGAAGUCAACGUCCACCUGCCCAGGUUCAAGCUGGAAGAGAGCUACAACCUCAACUCUCACCUGGUCAGCCUGGGUAUAGAGGAUCUCUUUAAUAGCAAGGCUGAUCUGUCUGGCAUGUCAAGAGCCAGAGAUCUUUUUAUAUCAAAAAUUGUCCACAAGUCAUUUGUGGAAGUUAAUGAGGAGGGCACAGAGGCAGCAGCUGCCACAGCCGGAAUUGCCACCUUCUGCAUGCUCAUGCCAGAGGAAAAUUUUGUGGCCGACCAUCCAUUCAUUUUUUUCAUUCGACACAAUCCCUCAACUAACAUCCUGUUCUUAGGCAGACUUUCUUCCCCUUAGAGACUGUGGAAACCCAAGGCCAAGCUCAGACUUUAUUACUGGCCCUUUCAAUGGUGAUAGUUUUCAUAUAUCUUCUACAAUAAAUCUACCACCCCAAAACAAAUCUCUAA